ACUGCUCCACAGUCCCAACCCACGCUUCUCGUCUCCCGCCCCGUCGUCUCCGAUGGCGGCGGCCGCGGCGGAGGCCGUUUCGCGCCGCCUGGGCGCGGCCGUGCGCGAUCUCUCCGGCGCGUGGUACGGGCGCCACAUGGCUGCAGCCGAGCGCGCCAUCCGUACCCGCCUCCCCCUCGUCGACCUCGUCCUCGAGGUCCGCGACGCGCGCGUUCCCGCCUCGUCGGCGUUCGAGCCUCUCCGUCGCCGCCGGCCUCUGGAUCCAGACAGCCUGCGGGUCGUCGUGCUCAACAAGGCCGACCUGGCUGACCCGUCCGAGACCGAGAAGUGGGUGGCGUACGUGAAGAAGCAGGGCGCCUGCCCGUGCAUAGCCGUCAAUUCGCACAACAGGGAAAGCAUCAAGGAGUUAUUGAGUGUUGUGCAAUCGAGGAUCUGGGAGAUCAAGCAUGGCCAGAGAGAUUGCACAGGAACGGUCCUCCUGGUCGGAAUUCCUAACGUUGGGAAGUCGGCCAUUGUUAACGCAAUGCAUCAAAUUGGGAGGAUUGGGGCAGCAGAGAAGGGAAAGCUGAAGCAUGCGAUUGUGAGCAGCCAUCCUGGAGAAACUAGAGACAUAAGUGGAUACAAGGUUGCUAGUCAUCCGAAUAUAUAUGUGUUAGACACUCCUGGUGUUCUAUCGCCGAGAUUUGCAAAUGAUGAUUCUGGUCCCAUACUAGCUUUGACAGGAGCAAUCAAGGGAUCCUUUUUAGAGGAGUAUGAUAUAGCACAUUUUCUUCUUGCGGUCGUGAACUCGACGCAUGAAUAUAUGAAAUGGGAGAACCUGAAUCAAGUGGGAGAUAGCAGCUUUUAUAGUGGUAAUGCAAAUACCUCCAGGAGCCACAACAAGAAAAGACAAUAUGUUUCAGAUCAUACUCAGGAUUUCAUCGUGAAGGCUGUGCGCCAAGUGCUUUUUGAGACUAUAUCAUCUUUUAAGGGCGAUCUUAGAAAGGAAGAUGAAUUCAGAAGAUUGAUAGACUGCCAAUUUACAUCCUUGCAGGAGGUUUUCAAAGUUUCCAUUGAAUCAAGUGAGGAUAUAUGUAAAUGUGUAGCUUUGAAACUACUCAAUCUCUAUCGAACUGGAAGGCUUGGCCAUUAUACCUUAGACAAUGUUCCAGAUGUUGUUGCAUAAUUAUGUACUGUUCUAUUCAAAAGAAAAGAAAAAAAUGUCGUUGCACAGAAAAGAAAAAAAAAAGCACAAUUAGGCAUUGCCUAAUGAUAGCGUGUUGGUUCCCAGUCCCA